GUCAUCUAGUCAACGCCGUUAAUUUCUUUACAACGACUUGGAUAUUUAAUGCUUUGUAUUGAAAGCAAAACAAAAUUCCAUAAUAAAAAAAGGCUAUAUUGUGGCAAAAACCAACGAAAAUGGGACAACCACUGACAUUUGAAACUCUUAAAAGAAUUGCAGCCAAUGAUCCCACAGCCCAGGAAAAUCUAGAGGAUCUUAAAUAUAUGUUCCGGUCUGAUAUCGGUUCAGCUCGAAACAUGUAUCGCAUACACACAAUGGAUGACUUGAUCGACUGCCUAGAACGACAUGACGCAUUAUCGGAAUUUAAUAUUGAACCAUUUAGGGAAAUUGCUGAUGAAUAUGGCGGUGCCUUGGCAGCAGUGAUUAUGAAUUAUCAUGUGCCUAAAGAAUUAUUAACGGCUGAGCCGUAUAAUGAAUAUCGUGAAUUACGUCUGUCACACGAAUGUGCCACCCGUUUGCAUAUAAGUGGUGGUUUGAACGGUUCACACAGUGGACUGAAUGUCAAUGCACCAAAUGUUAAUGCAUCACCUGUCAAUAAUAAUAAUAAUAAAUCACAGCAAGCUACAUUUGUUGCUCAAGUUCCAACCAAGGAGAAACGUGCCGCAAUUUAUAAACUUAUAGCAAGUGAAAUUGGUACAGAUUGGCGUUGUCUGGGACGUGAACUGGAUAUAUGUCAGGGUGAAAUGGAUGAUGUUGAAAUUCAGUAUCGUGAUUUAAAAACUCGUGUCUAUAAGCUUUUUCAAAUAUUCGAAGAAGAUGAUUCUAUAGAUCCCAAAAAACAUGUAUUAAUAAUAUGCCAAGCAUUGGAUCAAUGUCGUCGCAAGGAUUUACGUCGUAAAGUAGAGCGUAUCAUGUCUCAUUGAGUUUUAUGCUGAUAUUUCGAAAAAUAUAUGUAUAUUUAAAAAUUUUUAUUAUUGUACAUUAUGAGCAAAGUAUAACAAGUAUUCCGACUCUCAUAAAGAAAUUUUUUUAAACUUAACUUUCCUUUUUGAAUUUAGAAAAU